AUGGUUUCAGUACAUGAUCUGGAGCGCGCCAGCACACUAGCCAGGGAAGCCGUCGAGCUCGUCGAUGCGGGCCACAAAGAGGCGGCAUCUCGCAACCUGCGCGAGGCUAUUGCUAUCGCCCCGGACAGCGAGGAUGUCAAGAGCGUCUUCCGCAAGAUAAGGGAGGACGAGGAGAACAGUCAUCCGCUGCUCAACCUCUGCCGGCGCAUCGUCACCCAGCAAGAUGAGGGCGCAGCCAGUGAAGCUACCCGGUACCUUCGCACGGAAGGGCUGCAGCCGCCGCCAGAGGUAGCUCUGGAGUGUGUCAAGUUGAUUCUGGCUAAGCCUGCUGCCGCUCUGCCAGCCGGCCAGGACGAGCUGAUCACUGCCCUUGUACGGCAGAGCGCGCGAGUUCGUAGUUACUUUGCCGGUGAGCUACAGAACUCCGUCACCGGUCUGUUUGAUAAGAUCUAUGACCGUGGAGAUGGAGCUGUUGUCUGUCUGGACAUGGUUGUCCUCGAAAGGGGACUCUGGCAGUCAGAGCACACCAGGAAACAUUGUGAAGAGGAACUCUUCCAGCUCUUCAUUGCCAAGCUGAUGGAGUCUGGUCAUGAUCAUGACGGCCGCUCCCUCAAGGGGAUCGCUCGUCUUCUCGUGGUCGAUGCAGACAGCUUGAAGCACCUCGUCGACGAGGAAAGCUUCGACGUUAUCAUCUCUUCCCUGGACCGGAGACUCCCCGCUGAUGUCAAGAGCCAGGCCACCCUCGCUACAGCGAAGUACCUCGAAGUCGCUGGUGAUGCUGGCCAGACAUUCUGCUCCAACUUCAUCAAGGCUAGGUUUGCAAAGCACCGCAAGGAAGACUACAUCAUCGCCUUCUCAGUUGCUAGUGUUGUCUUCCCCAUUAUGCCUGAGUUUGCAGUCAGCCUGUUCCUGACAGAAGCCUUUCUCAAAUCCCUCACCCCAUUGCUUGCCCGGAAAAUUAAGUGCAAGAAUCUGGAACUAGCCAUUCUAGAGUUAUUUAACGCUGCCUCUGUUAACGGCUCUUGUCGAGAGACUAUAUCCAAGAACUUUCUCGACUGGCUUUCUGAACAUCUGAAUGGGGACACUGAGGAAACAACUGCUCUGGCUGCGGUCAUUUUGGCAAAGCUUAGUGUUUCCCCCAAGGAUGCGAGUGCUGCCAACAAGGACCAGACCGGAGUUGUCCAAGAGGAACAUGCCGACCCCUUGGAACUUGUGAAUAAGUUCAAGGCCAUGCUUGGAAAGCCUGGUCAAGAUGGCAAUCUGCGACAUGUCGUCGAAGGCCUGGCAUAUGCCUCUGUCAAGGCUGAGGUCAAGGAGCAGCUCACCAACGAUGCCAAAUUCCUCCAAGACUUGAUAAGUCUACUACUUGAACGAGUUGCCGACUCUACUGUCCUAUAUGGUGGACUGAUGAUAAUACACAAUAUCACAGCAUAUCGACCAAACAUGUCCGAGGAACAGAAAAAGAUGUCCGAACUGAAGGCAUACGCUAAUGCAUCCAAGCCAUGCCCAGCUGCUAAUCCGCUUGAAAAUGACGAACAUACCAAAGCAAGAUGCAGUGCAAUCGUGAAUGCCGGGGUAAUGCCGUUACUGGUGGAAUGUGGAAAAUCCCAGCUGGCCUCUCCCAAGGAUCUUGUCAACAAGAUACUCCUCUCCCUGUCCAAGGAUUCCAAGGCGAGAGGCAAACUCGCUCAACAAGGCGCCGUGAAACUCCUCAUAUCCUCUUUCUCCUCCCAAGACGCCACAGCAGCUAAGACUCCAACUGUUGAGAGCACCAUAGCCAACGGUGCUCAUGCUCUCGCCCGCAUCCUCAUCUCCGUAAACCCAUCCCAUGUCUUCCCUGCCUCUGGAUUCCCCCAAAUCACCUCCGCAAUCCGGCCACUCAACAUCCUCCUUACUCCUCCCGGGACAACAAGCAUCUCCUCCGACCAGCCACGCGAUCUUCUUCCAGUCUUUGAAAGUCUUCUUGCCCUCACCAACCUUGCUUCUUAUCCUGACCAAAGCGUCAGCACCUCCAUAAUCCGCUCCGCAUGGUCAACUAUCGAAGAUCUUCUUCUCUCACACCAUACGUACAUUCAACGUGCAGCUUGUGAGCUAGUAUGCAACCUCAUGUCAUGUGAAGCCGGUGUUGGCAAAUUCGCCGACGGCACCCACCGCGCCAGCCAACGCAUGCAUAUUAUGCUCGCUCUAGCGGAUGUGGAUGAUCUGCCUACCCGUAGUGCUUCUGGUGGUGCCCUAGCAAUGCUCACUGACUUUGAAGGGGCUGUCUCCGCCAUCGUCGAGCGUCCAAGGGGCGUCGAUAUCAUUCUCAAUCUAUGCCAGGAAGAUGAUGACGGGCUGGUUCAUCGUGGCAUCGUCUGUGUUCACAACAUGGUCGGUGGCACAGGCGAUAUCGGACGCAAGGCUAGAAAAGCAAUACGCGAGAAACACGGCAUGGAAGUCCUCAGGGACUGUCUCACAAAGACCAAAAACCCAGCUGUCAUGCGGAGUGGAGUUGAGGCCUUGAAGAAGUUGGUUGACUGUCAGGCGUCGGAUUAA